AUGUCUGAUGUCCAUGUUAUGGUGCUGACUUUGCUCCACACGACGCAGAUCAACGAGAGCCACUCGGAGAUGCUGGCCAGUAGCCUCAAGGCGCUGACGGCAGAGAAGGAGACCCCGACUGUGGAGCUGCUCGAGGACUUUAUGACUUGGCUUCGUCCCUCGGGCGUCAGUCGGAGCAAGUGGCGGCUGGUUCUGAGCCUCUGUCCCAGUUGCCCGUCCAAGGUGGCUGUCCAAGCCUCGCGGCCGAAGGAUGGCGCCUCUAACGGCGGAGAGAGCUCAUCGAUGAGCGAGAUCACGGCGGUCAUUCCGGCGUCCAAGAUCAUGUCGCACAAGUCGGCGCUGCGGUCGGCACUGGGCAAGUUUCUCUCGACAGAUGCGGCGCGUUCGAUUGACUCGCGGACGGCGCUCAUUCUGCAUCUGGUGUUUGAGACGUUUCUGGCCGGGCCGUCGUCCGAGUUUGCGCCGUACAUCCAGCUGCUCCCGCGGCAGCUCGACACGACGCUGUUCUGGACCGACGAGGAGCUGGCGGCACUGGCCGGAACGCGCAUUGCCAAGUUCCACGAGAUGGAUCUGGCCGAUGUGAAGAGGCUGUACACCACGGUGGUCAAGCCGCUGACCCAGGUCGAGCCGCACCUCUUCCCGCCGCACGUAUUCACCAAGCGCAACGUGGCGUGGGCGUGGGCGACGGUAUGGGCGCGGUCGGUCAAGCUCCAUCUUGACACCGACAAGGACGGCAAGAACCGCGGCAAGGAGGUGGCCAUUGUUCCGCUUCUUGACCUCAUCUCGCACAACUACACUGGCCAGGCAUACACGACCGUGGUCAACGGACGGGUCCGCAUCAUGUCGUCGGUCCCGACCGCCGCCGGUGAUGUCCUGCAGAAGCCGGCCGGCAUGGCGUCGAACACCGACAUGCUCUAUCGCCACAACGUGGUCUUUGUCAACCAUCCUUCACCGAGGGUCACCGUCGACGUCGAGCUUGCCGAGUCGGACCCUCGGUUUGUGGAGCGGAGCGUGGUGCUCAAGAACGCGCGCUUCCGCGCCAAGGAUGCCAUCGAGCUUGAUCUCCAGGACGAGAUCCAUCCUGACCUCAUCGCCUUUUUCCGCAUCGCCAAGCUCCCCUCGACGCUCCUCACUGCCUACAACGACGCGCCGAGCGUGGCCAACAGCAUUUCGUUCUACGACCCGCUGGACGCCGUCACCGAGCUCCGGGCCCACAAGGCUGCCGCCAAGCUCCUUGCCGGCCUCCUCGCCAGGUUCCCCACCACCCUGGCUGACGACGAGGCCAUGUCUGACGAUGACGUCGCCGCUCUCUCCAUCCGGCUCCGCAUGGCCCGUAUCGUCGCCAUGGGCGAGAAGCGAGUCCUCUCCCACAACCUCCGCAUGAUCUCGGACCACAUCGUUGAGCUCAAGGCUCAAGUCGAAGCCGCCAAGGCCGCCAAGGCCGCCAAGGCUGCCAAGGACGACUUGUAG